AUGACACAUGCAAUGAUGCAGAAGCAGAGUCUUUCACUUUCUCUCUCUAACUCAAAUCACAGUUUCACUAAGAAACUAUUUCCAUUUCAAUGGCUACAACAAAUUCUUUACCCCUUUCAAUUUCAUUCUCCAAAACCAAUAUUCUCCGUUUCCGUUUUCCUCCCAAACCCUUCAUUCUAUGCCACUCAAAACGCCGCUCUCACUCUCCCACCAAUUCUCUCCGACUCAUAUGCAAAGCCACCCAAGUUUCCGUCGCCGAAGAGUCGUCGGCGUCCGGAGACAACUGGAUUCCGGUGGUGCCGAUGGCGGCGCUGCCGAAGGGGGAGCGGCGCGUGAUCAUUCAGGACGGCGAGACCAUAUUGCUGUUGUGGUACAAAGAUCAAGUUUUCGCCAUUGAAAAUAGGUCCCCUGCUGAAGGCGCCUAUACUGAAGGCUUGAUCAAUGCCAAGCUUACCCAGGAUGGAUGUAUAGUUUGCCCAACAACUGAUAGCACAUUUGAUCUACAAACAGGAGAGAUCAAGGAAUGGUAUCCGAAAAAUCCUGUUCUGAGAGUUCUCACGCCUGCUUUGAGGAAACUCUUUGUAUAUCCUGUGAAAACAGAUGAACAGAAUAUUUAUAUUAGCAUGAGCAGAGGUCUGAAAUCUGAUGCUUCUGCUGAAAUUGUCUUUAGUGGGAAGGCUCAACCUGGUGUAACGGCAACUGAUGUCAAUGUUGAAGAGGUCAAAAUGGUGGUUGAUGAUAUCAAGAGGGAUUUGGUUUUACUGGGAAGAAUGAAAUAAUAAACGGGAGAGCAGCUAUUAUUGGUUUCCUUGUGUUGUUGGAUUUUGAGCUGUUAACAGGUAAGGGUCUUUUAAAGGGAACUGGCUUCUUGGACUUCUUAUAUUCUGUGACUAAUGCUUUCAAUUAGACGUCAUUAU